AUGGGCGGAUUCAUGAAUACUCGCAUCAAGUUCAGAAACAAUAACAUCAUAUUAAAGAAGUCGCUCAGCAUAUCCAAGCCAAUGUUGUGUCUCAAGAAGACCUUUGCAAGAUCUGAUCACGAUGACUCAAUGAAUGAGAAGAUGCCAACCACCUACGACAUCAAAAUAGCAGUGGCAGCUUAUAGUAUCCAGCGUCGCGUGCUGGAAACGCUCCAUCGCACGCUCUUGGCUGAGCUUAGACAAGCUCACGACACCGAACUCGAGACUUUCCAACAUGAUCUCAAAGAUGAUCUCAGGCUCUAA